UGCAAUUGAAUUUGGCAAGUGAUGAGUGUAAAGUCUUAAGUCAAUCACUAAUUAGACUGUAGCAGAUAAUAUAUAUUUUAAAUUCUUAUUUUUUGCAAAACCGCAUCUGAUCUUGUUAUUCUUCCUCUCCAGUUUUGCAUCAUCAACGUUGAAAGAAAGCACCUUUGUGCAGAUCUGGACAAUAUUUUUUUCCAGGCAGAUCAAGAACUUCGAUAUACACUUUUUUGAAAUGCAGCUAUGUAGAAAACAUUCAUAAAAUCCCUUCCUCAGCUAUGAGUGAAUUGUGAAUUGAAAGGAGUUACAGAAUUUCUUGAUAUUGUAAUAUGAAAUGUGGAAUUUUCAGAUAUGAUGAAUACUUCAGCUGAGCAAUCCUCCUUCUUCAAAGUCUUCCUUCCACAGUUUAGCUCUGAAAAAUUGCUACUCCCAGAAGAGCAUGUGGCAUUGACAAGGAUGAAAGAAAGGGUACCUGAGGAAUUCAUACUGAGAAAUGGAAGAGGAGGAGCAUGGAGGGUGAAGACAAGUUGCAUUGGUGAGAAGGUGUGUUUUGAUGAUGGAUGGAAGGAGUUUGUAAGUGAUAAUGGUAUACAAGAAGCUUGUGUUAUUAUUGUUUUCAAUCCGGAUGGAAGCAGCACAUUCGAGUUCAAGAUCUUUGAAAAAUCAAUGUGUGAAAAGACACAAACGUUGGAGGAGGAGGCGGCAGUGGAGAUGGAGGAGUCAUCAGAAGGAGAAGAAGAAAAUGAUGAUGAUGAUGAUGAUGAAGAUUAUGAGGAUGAGGAUGAGGAUGAGGACGAGGAUGAGGACGAGCAUAGAGCUGGGAAAGCUCCUGCAAAAAGGGAAAGGGGAAAUUACAAUGAUAUUAAGGAGUAUGGAGAAAUUAUUGCAACUUAUAUUGAUCAACACAAUCCAUACUUUGUUGCCAAAAUGAACAAAUCCAGACCCAAUGAAUUGCAUGUUCCAUGUAAGCUCAUUAAGGAGUACUCCAUUACCAUCCCAGAAACUAUUAAACUAUGUUGCAAGGUAUAGUUUUAUUUUAUUUUAUUUUACAGUAUGGAUAGACGGUAGAGUUUGCAUUAAAGGGUGGGGAGGAUUUUGCAGAAGGAACAAUGUAAAUGCAAGUGCUGAUACUUUCAUAUGUGAACUGAAGAUGAGUAAGAACAUGAAAAUAGUAAAAAUGAUACAGGUCUAUGUUGUUAAGAAACAACCUUAGAGGUUGUUUUAUAUAUAUGUAUGUAUAUAUGUUGUUAAGAACUGAGCUUGACUUGUUCAUUGUCUAUAUACUCAUCUUGAGCUUCUCCCUUUACAAUGUAUAUAUGCAUGUGAAAAAUCUGGUGCAUGAAACAGAUCUAUGUUUUCCAACC